AAGGCCCUGCAGGGACGCGGCGGGUGCGUCGCGAGCCGAGGCCGGGGUGCGCCGUCCCGCCGGCAGCAUGAGCGCCCCUGCCGCGAGCCCCCUCUUCGCGCCGGGCGAGAACUGCAGCCCCGCGUGGCGCGCGGCGCCAGCGGCCUACGAUGCAUCCGAUACGCACCUGCAGAUCCUGGGCAAGCCGGUGAUGGAGCGCUGGGAGACCCCCUACAUGCACGCGCUGGCGGCCGCCGCCACCUCCAAAGGGGGCCGGGUGCUGGAGGUGGGCUUCGGCAUGGCCAUUGCAGCCUCCAAAGUGCAGGAGGCCCCCAUCGAGGAGCACUGGAUCAUCGAGUGCAAUGACGGCGUCUUCCAGAGGCUCCAGGACUGGGCCCAAGAUCAGCCACACAAGGUGGUUCCCUUGAAGGGCCUGUGGGAAGAGGUGGCACCCACCCUGCCAGAUGGUCACUUUGAUGGGAUCCUGUACGACACGUACCCACUCUCUGAGGAGACCUGGCACACACACCAGUUCAACUUCAUCAAGGGCCACGCCUUCCGUCUGCUGAAGCCAGGGGGCAUCCUCACCUACUGCAACCUUACCUCCUGGGGGGAGCUGAUGAAGUCCAAGUACUCUGACAUCACCACCAUGUUUGAGGAGACACAGGUGCCCGCCCUGCUGGAGGCAGGCUUUAGGCGGGAGCACAUCAGCAAGCAGGUGAUGGAGCUGGUCCCACCCGCUGACUGCCGCUACUACUCCUGCCCGUGGAUGGUCACACCCCUGAUCACCAAGCACUGAGCCCCUGCCCUCCAGCUCAGUGCCAGCAGCUCCCUGAGGUCUCAAGCUUCAGGACCCUCCAUCCCCCCACUUAGUGCCUUUGUGGCCAGAGCAAGCCUCUGGCUGCCCAUAGCCCCAUGUUCAAGCUGGGCCCCACCAGCUGCGUGGCCAAAGUUCUCUAAUCUCUGCAGUUCCCUUCUAGGAUGCUAGAGGAUGAAAUAAACACUAACACUGGGCUUGGUGGCCAACUGAAAGGUUGGAAACGUGCAUUUAU